AUUACAGGACGAGGACGACCACUCAAGAGAGAAAAAACUUAAACUUCGAUUGAAACUUAUCCUAAAUUAGUUUUCGUGUGUCCAUUCUUUCAGAUGGUGCUGCACUUUAUAUUAAUGGCUGUCACAGGUGGUUUCGGUUGAUAAAUAGAGUGGGGAAAAACCAACCUACCUAUCUCCCCCCAGAACCUCGGUCAUUGUUGGGGUCAGUAACCUGUGAGGUAACAAAUUGGCAUUAACUGGGGCCAAACUUGUAUAUAGUACUGGUAUUUAUCGUUUGGACCACGCUCAUAUAUGUAUGUAUUUUUGCAAUGCAUGUUUUUCUCAAGUGGACCAAUGCAAAAUCCCGUUCAAUCCUGAAGGAAACCGGUGAGCUUUCAGAGGAGACAGGUUCCAUACCAGAAAGACCAAUCUGUCCUUUUAGUGGAAUUAGUGCCAUAAUUGGAGUUAAGAAGAUAACAGAACAAAGACAACAGGAGCCUCUUCUAUACAGUAGUUGCCUUCUCCUUCCUAUUCUACAAAGAUGUGUGCUGCAAAAAUUCUGAAAGAGGGGAAACUUGUUGCCGUCUCUGCUGGUCAGACGUACACUCCUUAAUGUGUGUGCUCAGCGGACAGGGAGAUCUCUAUCACCUGUGUGCUCACUCCUUGCCGGCUGAUGGGUGUAUGUGGGAUACUCAUGACUUUAGGAAUCAUUGGAGCAGCCACCUGGGCCAUAGUUAUGUAUUUCACCGUGGAGGAAGAUAAAGGAUACUACGAUGUCCAAGUAAAUUCUGCUGACCAACAUCUCAGAGUCUUUGACUCUGCUCAGAAGAGGUGGCGUCAGGUGUGUUCCUCCUCAGCUAAUGAGCUGCUUGCUAGUGUCAGCUGUGAGGAAGUGGGCUUUGUCAGCGUGGCUAAUUACUCCAUUGCAUCCGUACAAGAUGUCAGCAAUGAUGGUGGAGAGUUUUUCUGUGUCAAUACUGAAGAGCUGAGCUAUGGCAAGAAAAUCAAAGACUCAUUGUUUCCAUGUGACUGUGAGAGCAAGAUGGUACUUACGUUGUUAUGCCAAGACUGUGGCAGGCGUAGUUUUGCAGCAGACCGCAUCAUCGGCGGCGUGGAAGCAAGGCAUGGUGUCUGGCCGUGGCAGGUCAGCUUGCAGUAUGAUGGCGUUCAUCAAUGUGGUGGUUCCAUCAUCUCAGAUCGCUGGGUUGUCUCUGCAGCUCACUGCUUCCCCAAGACCAAACGUUUCAUCAAUCAUUGGCGUGUGUUGUUGGGAUCCAACUACAACAAACCAGCCAAUGCCACCGUGGCGAAAGUGAAAACUAUUGUGUACCACGGCAGCUACCUACCUUUUGUGGUUGAAAACAUUGACGACCAUGGCAGGGACAUUGCUGUACUGGCUCUGGCAAAUCCAGUCACACUCAAUGAAUACAUCCAACCCAUUUGCCUGCCAGCGCAUGGCCAAAGACUGACAGAUGGCCAGAUAGGCACAGUUAUCGGCUGGGGAAUAUUAGGAUCUGGUGAUCAAACAAAUGUUCUCCAAGAGGUGAACGUCCCCAUCAUCAGUGAUGCUACGUGUAAUUCGCCUGAAUAUUACGACAACCAGAUCACCACUGGUAUGUUCUGUGCUGGCUUUGAGAAGGGAGGCGUGGAUUCCUGUCAGGGAGAUAGUGGCGGCCCCUUUAUGGCAGAAGACCGCCUCUCCAAAACCAGCCGCUAUCGUUUACUGGGCUUGGUGAGCUGGGGAAUCAAAUGCGCCGAGCCAAAAAAGCCUGGCGUUUACACUAGAGUGUCCCGAUUUCUGCCUUGGAUAUCUACCGCCAUGAGGGUAAGAGGUUUGCUAUCAAAUAGUUUUCGACCUGUUGAAAUGUUUUGAACCUGAUUGGUCAUCUUUUGUUUUAUAUGGGCCUGCAGAACUAUAACGACUCACAAGGGUUUCACAAAAUGGCACGGACAUGACUUUUGCACUCACAUUUGGAUGGCAAUAUGAUUGUUUUUGAUGUCCUCCUCUUAUUUCAGCUCCUGAUGUCUUUUUGUUAUAUUUGUUUUCUUCUGCAUUGUUUACUGUUGUUACCUGCAACAGUCAAAAAAUGCAGCCGAACAACAAGGUAUCGUCUGCUUUGCAUUUGCAUUUUUGUCACUAUUAGGACCAAGCAUCAAAUUUGACCUUUUCUUAACAAUUUUUGGGCAAAUUGAAUGAAAUGAUGGGUUGUAAAUCCAUUUCCUCUUCAGUAAUUUAGUUCUUUUCAGUACUUUAGCUAUGCAAGAUUUUUUAUUCUUUUUAUCCAGGCAUUGUGAAAACAGAGGACCUUUGAUUGCAAAUGAUGAUCCCACUGAAGCACUUUUAUGUGAAAUUGUAGUAGCGUAACAAAAUAUUGACAUAAGCUGUAUAGUAACGUGGGUGCUUUAUAGUAGAACUAUCAUCUCUCUAAAAAGCAAGAAAUGAACCCCUAAAGAAUCCCAGUUGUAAACGAUUGUGCUGUAUAGUACCAGGGGUGCUAAGAGUGCAAUAUUAUUUUGGUAAUGCUUCAUUUAACAAUGGCAUCAUAAGACCGUCAAAAUUAUGAUAUGACACUGUCAUUAGCAUGAAUAAAUGCUUAUGACAGAUGUCAUUAAGUGUCAUCUGGUAAAUUUUUCCACUAACUCCAUUUAUGUCCAGUCUGCCUCUUUUACAUCCAUGCAAAAGUGACAUACUGUAAUCUGCUGGAUGACACUUAAUGACAUCUGUUAUAAGCAUUCUUUAAUGCUCAUGACAGUGUCGUGCUGGAUGACACUUAAUGACAUCUGUUAUAAUCAUUCUUUAAUGCUCAUGACAGUGUCGUGUUGUAGUUAUGAUGGCUUUAUGACAGUCUUCUGACACCACUGUCAACUAGAGUGUUACCAAUAUUUUUUUAUUUGUAGAUUUGCUUGUUUUUGGAGCAAGCAAAUAUAAUUUUGAAGGAUACAGUAGCUAUAGAUGUGCAAUUGCAAUUAUCUCCUCAACACAAUAACAUUUGUAGAUUGAGGAUAAACCAGUCAUAUUGAUAUCAAUAUUUGAUGGUUCUGUAAAUACUGUAAUGAUUUACAUGUCUUGUGUAUGUAGCAUGUUUUUUCAUCCAUUAUUCAAUGGAUUUCCCAAUGUUCUGUGGCGUUAUGCCCACAGUGUAAUGAAUCACAUUCUCAGUAACAGACAGCUAGUUAAAUAGGAUUUAUGCGUAUUUGUUUCCCAUCAUCAUAUUGUGAACAUACAAUGAUGUAACUGUAACAAGGGCGUAGGUUUGCAUACGGACGGUAGGCACAAAACACUGCUAACUUUUCAGGAUGCUCAAACUGUCCCCAACAACUUUUAAGCAAUCUUAUUCGCAUUAUAUGACUUCAGCUAUACAGGCCAUUUGGAUUGUCUUUCCAUAUGUUGUAUGGAUAGAAUUGACCCUCCUAUUAUUAAGUGAAUCAUUCUCAUUAUGUUCAGACUGACAUAAUCCCUUUUUCUUGCUGAAUGUGCCAGUCCAUGCCCCCUCCCCAAACGCACGUUUGAUUUGCUGAUGACUAGACCCCCCCCCUUGCUCCCCCUCUCAACACAAAUGCACACACACACAACCUUGACAUAAAUACAUGGCGCCUCCUCCUCCCCCUUCGAAGAAAAGGGACAUUAGAAGUCAUUUUCGGCCACCAGCAGAAGCAGCCACUGUAAGUACCGGUAAUGUAAAAAGACGUCAAUAUUGUGGACGGUGGCGAACACGCCACUAAUUUAGCUACUGAGAGUACGACCUGCAUCAGAGUUAGCAUAGCAUUAAACUGUGUGAACUUGUUAACCUGCAAAACUCAAGUACAUUGCAAAAAUACACUUCUUUAAAACGAGUUAAAUUCCCUUGUUUUCAGUGUAAAUCUACUAGAAAUAAGUGAAAUUAUCUGCCAGUGCGUCACGUAAAUUUUACUUAGAUUUCUUGAAAUAUUAAAAAUAGCUAGCUGAAAGUAAGAUUGACACUUAUUUAUGGUCUAAUUAUAAAUUUCUAGUGCGUUUUCUACUGUUAUCAUUAAUUGAACAGGGUGAAAUGUAGUGAACACUGCUGGAAACUAUGGAACCAGCAAAAUGUGAGCAAGACGCUGCUUAGUGAAAGAGGUCCCAGGGCACAGUCUGUUUCACAGGAAAGUGUUGACAGUCAAAAAAACACAUGCUGCUUCUUUUCUGCUUGUAAACAGCCUGGUUUAGAAGGAAGAAGGCUAGAGCAUGUUGUGACUUUACACUUUUGAAACCAAAUACCUAUUAGAGCACUCAUUCAUUCAUUAAAAUGUAUUCAUUUAUUUUCUACAUUAUUUAUUUAAAAAAAUUUAUUUGCAGUUUAUGCAGUCAUUAUUUUCAGAUAAUCAUACAUUAUUCAGAAUAGAGAUAAAAAAUAUUUAAUCCCGAUUGAGAAUUUUUUUUCUCCAUAAUUAAAAGCAGAUGAAAGAGACAACCAGUUGACGCAACACAUUACUCUUGUGGUGAAGGACAAUGUAGGCUAACAUGUAGGGUUGACCCCUAUUGGAAAAAACUGACAUUGCGAAUUUUCGGGGGUUUGCGAUAUGUUCCCAUAUAUAUUGCGAUAUUAAAACUAGAAGAAUUUGAAUAGAUACUUUGGUUGACUCACUAUGACCACAUUGUAUUCAUAUAAUACAGUUUAUUCCAGGCUAAGGGGGUUAAUUUUUGGAUGAUGAAGAUUGCUGUAUACAAAAGGCAUUAUUUACUCAGUUAUAUUUACUUAAGUAACUUUUUGAGAAAAAUGUACUUUUUACUUUUACUUGAGUAGAUUCAUGAAGAAGAAACACUACUCUUACUCCGCUACUUUGGGCGACAAUAGAGUCGUUACAUUUUUCCACUUUAUUCUACACAUUGACUUUUUUUUUGGCAGAGAAGCCAACAGUAGCUCCACCAGUGUCACCAAUGAGAUGUCGCAACAAUAAUCACAUGACUCCAUUAUACCAAUCAGACUCAAGCUUGCCAUUUUUCUAUCACACCAGCCUGUUCAAUCACGUCGUCUUCAAAGGACCAUAAAAAAUGAAGUAUUUGCUGUAUAUGCUGAUAAAAAAUACCAUAUUUAUAAUAAAUAAAUAAACCAUCCUAAACAGUUACUCACAAUGUUACUCAUUACUUGAGUAUUCUUUUCACCAAAUACAUUUUUUACUUGUACAUGAGUACAUUUUUGGGAUGAUGACUACUUUUAGUUGAGUAAUAUUAUUUUGAAUUAACGCUUUUAUGAAGCAAAACAAAAAACAAUUGCACGUCCUGCGAUAGGACUAUUGCGCAAGCGCACACUGCGAAGGCGAUGUUCAAACGAUAUAUUGUGCAGGCCUAGUUCCAUGUAUAGGUUAAGUAGUAUCUCCUCUCGCAAUACCCCCCCCCCCCCCCCAAAAAAAAAAAAAUAAAAAUAAACAGCCACUGUAAAUUUCCUUUAUAUGAAGUAAGGGGGAAUUCCCCUAUUUUGAAAAAUGAGUUUCUCCUAUGAAAAUAAUAAUUUGAACUUUUUUCAACUUUACAUAGGAAACACAUCAGCAUAUUCGUGGGAAAUGCAGCCCUGACCCUUGUAUACCUAAUUUGUUCGGUCUUAUUAAUGUCCUGUCCCCAGCAAAAAGUGUACAUGCAGGUUAUGCUGUUAUAGCGUCCCUACCAAUGUUGGGACCAAACCUAUGCCCUUGAACUGUAACAUGAAAAAGAGCCACUGAGAGUUACCUUCCCUUUAUGAAGGGAAAAUAAAGGAAAGAGCAUUUCCAGGAAUAUUUGCAACAUAAAAUGAUGGCUGUGUAACUGCAUUGUAUGAAAUUUCUUUAUUUUAAUGUCACACAAUUAAAAAAAAAAAAUUAAAAGGAGUUGUUGCUUGAAUAGGUUUUACAGUAGUAUUUUCUCAUUUUAAGAAUGUUCUUGUGUUAAAUAUUUUUGAGCAAAAGGAGUUGAAUUGUGACUGUUUGCUUUUUAAUUGAACUUAAACUAGCGUUGGUGUAUAACAACCUGUCAUUGGUCAGACUGACCUGACUGUGUGUGUUUAGUUUUGGUGUCAUUUAUACCACAAGAAAAAAUGAAAUUGCUUCAGCCUUUGCUUGAUUGAUGUAUUUGCACAAAGCUGUACUUGUAUUUACAAAUGUAAAAUACAAAGUGCCUCAUUCAGUUUUAUUCAUUCAUUCAUUGUCUAUGUUGUUUGCGCUCAUGGAAUUGGUGGAACCUAUGAAUCCCAGUGGGCUAUAAGUGGUAGGUGUGGUGCAACUUGACUAGUUGCCAGCCAUUCACACAGCAAUCAUAGACAACCUUUUACACUCACACAAACGUAUACAACCAACCUAUUAUGUAUGUUUUGGUGGACAGUGGAAUACCCAGAUAAAACCCACACAGGCAUGGGGAGAGCAUGCAAACUCCACACAUGAUUGAA